AUGGAUUUUUGGGGUCCGACCACUGAGUAUUCGAUCAAUGGAAACAAAUAUGUCUUGGUAAUAACUGACUAUUACACGACGUAUGUUGUUGCUCAUCCUCUUCCUGAUAAUUCCGCUAUAGCUGUAGCGCAUUGUUUUGUCGAACAAUUUGUUUUCAAAUAUGGUAUUCCACAACGAUUAAUUACAGACCAAGGAAUCCAUUUUAAAAAUGAAUUAAUGAAAAAUUUAACAACAUUGCUCGGAACACAUCAUAUUCACACAUCGGCAUACCAUCCACAGGGAAAUGGGUUAGUAGAGAGGUUCAAUAGUACUUUUCAUCCUCAAUUGGUCAAACUUCAUAAUGUUGAAUUAAACAAUUGGGAUGAGUAUUUAGCUCCGAUUAUAUAUGCUUACAAUACAGGUAUACAAAACAGUACUGGGUAUAGUCCAUUCCAAUUAAUGUUUGGAAGAAAUCCUAAUUUACCACUCGAUCAUACAUCUACUACAUUUAUUUUACAGCGAACGAAUGAUUAUUGGCAUAAGCUAUUGAAAUCUAUGAAAUUUUAUUGUGAAUCAACUCGGCAACGUACAAAUAUUCAACAGAGACAAUCAAAACAGCGUUUUGACAAGAUUCGUAAGGAUCCUAACUAUGAUAUACAUGAUUUAGUGUUAUGGAAAGUACCUGGUCAUCGUGGCAAAUUAGCUGAAAGAUUUUCUGGCCCUUUCGAGAUCAUUAGCGAACAGCAUCCAACGUAUACAAUCUAA